GCGGGGCUUGAUGUUACCACGGCACGGCCAAAGUCAAUUAUAAAGCGAAUAACAUGGUGCUGCUGAGUGCAUGUUUACGUUAAGGGAGGAUAACGGAAAGAGAUCUAAUAGCCUACGAAUUUAAGAGUAAAACUCCUUUUAUAUAGACUAGUUUUUAAAAUCCGCAUUGUAUUUUGGUAUGUGAUUGCCUAACUAAUUUACUCAUGUGCCACUUGUCCCAAUGGAAAGGGGUUUUCAGUUUGGAAACGUGUGCACGUCUUUGCUGCUGCUGCUUGUUUUAGGAACGUUAACGGUUACUUUACAAAGUCAGUCUCUCGCAGAGAGAGAACUCAAAGUGGCUCCGACGCCAAACACCGACACGGCGGAACAUGCUGCCGUUAUGGAGCGACCACUGGACAGCGGAGGAGCCCCUGGGGUCGGAGAAGUGACCGUGGAGGACGUCGAGUACGGCUCGACCGGGGAGAGCGAAGAGCCUUCUGGAAACAGCGACGCAAACUUCUACAAGCAGCGGAGGGUUCUGGUGGUCAUCAGCACACUCGAUGGGAGAAUCGCCGCUCUGGAUCCUCUGAACCAGGGACGCAAGCAGUGGGACCUGGAUGUGGGCUCAGGCUCUCUAGUGUCCUCUAGCCUCAGCAAACCAGAGAUUUUUGGGAACAAGAUGUUCAUUCCCUCUCUGGAUGGAGCUCUGUUUCAGUGGAACAGGGACAGGGAGAGUAUGGAGGCUGUUCCAUUCAGUGUUGAGUCCCUGCUGGACUCCUCGUACUGCAUCGGAGAGGACACUGUGCUUGUAGGGGGCAAGACCCUCACCACGUAUGGCCUUGGUGCUUACAGCGGCAAGUUGAAGUAUAUUUGUUCAGCGGUGGGCUGCAGUCGGUGGGGGGAUGAGGAAGGAGAGCCGGAGGACGUACUGUUACUCCAGAGAACACAGAAAACUGUCAGAGCUGUGAGGCCUCGGAACGGGUUUGAGAAAUGGAACUUCAGCGUGGGAAACUUUGAGCUAAAAUUCAUCCCAGAGAUCCAGUCCAACAUUAACUUUCUGGAGGGGGAGGCAUCUAAUGGGGAGACAUGGCGAGAGGUCAGACAUGAAGCACAACGCGUCAUCCAAGAGGAAACAACACAAACCAAAAAUCAUGCUAAUGCACAUCCAAACUCGCACACUCAGGUAGAGGGCUUAGACCUGGUCAUUAAGGUUUCUGUGCCGGACUGGAAAGUCAUGGCCUUCAGCAACAAACCAGAAGGACAGCUGAUCUGGGAGCAUCAGUUUUGCACACCCAUUGCCUCUGCGUGGUUGGUAGGAGGGGGGAAGGUGACACCUAUUAGCCUGUUCGAUGACACCUCGUAUAACUCCCACACUGAGACUGAGGCUCAGGAGGAUGAUGACAUCAUGGAGGAGGCCCGCGGGGCCAUGGAGUCCAGCGUUUACCUGGGAAUGUUUCAGGGUCAGCUGUACCUCCAGUCCUCUGUGAGAAUCUCCGAGAAGUUUCCAUCAAAGCCCAAAGCUCUGAACGAUUGGAGCAGUAACAGUCCCACGAUGCCACCACCUACGGUUAAAUGGAAACCCCUCAUCCAUUCCCCUUCCCGUACUCCAGUCCUGGUGGGCUCUGAGGAGUUUGAUAAAUGUCUGAAUAAUGAUAAAUUCUCUCAUGAGGAGUACAGUAAUGGAGCUUUGUCAAUACUGCAGUACCCGUAUGAUAAUGGAUACUACUUUCCAUACAGUCCUCGUUACCGCAACCGGCGUGAUGAGACGGCAGUGAGUGUUCUGAUGAAGAAAGAUGGACAAGGGUCACAGGUGAGAAGGAAAGACCCUGUGCUGCUUCUGCCGUGGUGGAAAGAGAUUCUGGGUACCAUCAUCUUCUGCAUCGCUGCCACUACCUACAUUGUCCGCAAGUUCUUCCACCCAUCCACAGCAUACAUGCGGCAACGAAAGGAGUCUGAGACACAGUGUCAAACUGACAGCAAGUUUGAACUAGAUGUUACAGAGCCCAAAGAAAUUGUUGUCACAGAGACACGUCCCUCUGAAUAUGUCUCUAGGUACUUGACAGACUUUCAGCCAGUGCAAUGUUUGGGACGUGGUGGAUUUGGUGUUGUUUUUGAGGCACGCAACAAAGUGGACGACUGCAAUUAUGCCAUCAAGAGGAUCCGUCUACCCAACAGGGAACUGGCCCGUGAGAAGGUCAUGCGAGAGGUGAAGGCUCUAGCUAAGCUGGAACACCCAGGCAUCAUCCGUUACUUCAACGCCUGGCAGGAGAGUCCACCCCAGGGCUGGCAGGAGGACAUGGACAAAUGCUGGCUCAAAGACGCCAGUAGCGCUGACUGGCUGCUGAGCUCUCCUGACCACAUGGAGGCGUUCUCAGUUAAGGUUCCUGUGGUCACUCCUUCUCCAGUGGACUCCUCAUGCAUGUGUGCGGCCGGUGGGGAUAUGAGCGUGUGCAUCGGGGAUCAGGUGUGUGUGGAGGGCCUGGGGCCCGACAGUAUGAUGUCAGAGCGUGACAGUCAGGCUGACCCAGAUGCUGUCGUGGAGGUCUCAGAUUCCCCACACUCCUUUGAGCUCUGCCCUCCCCGAACAGCUAUUCACGGCGAUUGCACUUCUUCCUCCUUCGAUAUCGUCUUCGAGGACUCGGGCUGUGAACACCAGGACAAUGACAGUGACGGAAGUACACCAGUGCCACCUGCGUGCCUUUCACAGUCUGACUCCAAACCUCAGAGUAGUGUAUCAGUGGGACCCCCCGCUUCCUUACCUUCAAGGCCCACCUCUUUGAGCCUGGCCCCCAGCACCCCCUGUCCUGCCACGCGGCCCCCGCUCACACCCAAGGUCUUCUUGUACAUUCAGAUGCAGCUGUGCAGGAAGGAGGACCUGAAGGACUGGAUGGCUCAGAGGUGUCUGCCUGAGCUCAGGGAACACGCUCAGUGUCUGGACAUCUUCCUGCAGAUCGCAGAAGCUGUGGAUUUCCUGCAUGGCAAAGGGCUUAUGCACAGAGAUCUUAAGCCAUCUAAUAUCUUCUUCACAAUGGAUGACGUGGUGAAGGUGGGAGACUUUGGACUGGUCACUGCCAUGGAUCAGGAAGAAGAUGACGAGGAGCUGAGUACCCUUGCACCAAUGCCAGUCUAUGCCCGUCACACUGGCCAAGUGGGCACGAAACUCUAUAUGAGCCCUGAACAGAUGUCUGGGAAUUCUUAUUCACACAAGGUAGACAUAUAUUCCCUCGGCCUGAUUCUUUUUGAGCUUCUCUAUCCGUUCCGCACCCAGAUGGAGAGAGUCAGGACUCUCACAGAGGUCAGAGCACUGCAGUUUCCUGCUGCUUUUUGUAAGGCCAAUAUCCUGGAAGCUCAGAUGGUGUACUGUAUGCUGUCCCGAGUGCCUGCGGAGCGGCCAGAGGCGUCAGAGAUCACAGAGGCCCCUUUGUUCCAGAAGCUGGAAGUUCCCUGUAGAAUCCGACAACGCACUCGAACAUACAGUGCUUCAUCGGCUGGACGACCAUCGCGACAGAUCUCCUCCUCAAACUAGAACUCCCACUCAAAGACAGACACAUGCUGUGCCUCAUCUGCGGGAUGACAAACACAACCAGUCACCACCUCUUAGAACGCACAUCAUUCAGAUGAAGAGCAGAUAAUCUGAGCCCAACUAAACAACAGAUCAUUCCACAAACCUCUACAACUGGAACCAAACACGCCGUAACCAUUCAGUGAUUUACAAUGAGUCCCCAUUGCAUUUCUUUUAACUAAUAUUUGACCAACAUUUUAGCACUCCCACACACACACUUGCUGUAGGAGGAGAGUUGCUGUAUUUCCAGUGCUAACGAAUGUUGCCUUUGGAUGCCGUUCACUCUGCAUGUCUUAAACAGGAAAGUUGUGCGACGCGUGCUUUCCUGUCCGAACAGAAAGUUGUACGAGUUAUUUUUCUCCUCUAGUGUAAAUAGGCUAAAAAAGAAAAACAGGAGAGGCUUUGUGUGCUUUAAAGGUGCUCGUUCAAGACUGAACGCACAGGUUCAGAGGCAUUAUAGCCACUCGCUGUGACAGUGUUAGAGGCUUAUGUGCACAGUACUUGAUGAACGUGAAUCUGCGUAUGACUGAGCGGAUGUGGAAAUAUUCAAACUGCCUUUAAGCUGGACUUUAAGACAUGAAUGACAUGUUUGUGAUGAUGGUCAGUAUGAGACUUUAAACAUCAUUCUGUAAAAUAAUUAGUCAUUAGCACCCAGAAAGGUAGUUUACUGCAUUUCAAAUAAUUUUGAAACAUUUUUCCUAAAAAAAUAAAUGAAUAAAAAAAUCUGAAUAAGAAGUGCUUUGACUAAUCACACAAUAAGAAAGGAUACAGCUGGAGGAAUCACUUCGACCAAAUAUUCAGCACACCCUUAAUUUUAACAUAUCAGGUAAUUACUGAUUUUGUGAAAAAAAAAAAAUUUCUUACCAAUUUUGAUUUAGAGGGACUCAAUUUUUGUUUUUUGUAUAUGAUGGAAUUUUCUGUAUA